AUGGAAAAUCCUACGAGCCAACCGAAUCUCAGCCACGAUCCAGCCCUGUGUCCGGGCACCGUCCGCCUGGUUCAACAGCAGUGGGCGAAUAAUUACGGUGAACAAACGCGUGACGGAACUAUUAUUUUGAUGCCGCAGCCGGCGAAGACGGUCAACGAUCCGCUGAACUGGCCCCGAUGGCAGAAGGCCUGGCAUUACGCCAUCCACCUUGUCUGGAUCUUUUUGGCAAACGCAAGUAUCGCAUGGACGUCUCCAGCCUGGACUGUCUGGACAAUCGAUCUCAACACAAGCUACACAAUCCUUACUUAUGGGCAAGCUGCGCUCGUCGUCAUGUGUGGAAUCGGUGUGCUCUUCUUCCAACCAUGGGCGACAAAAUUCGGAAGACGUCUGCCGUAUAUAUUUGGCUCUGCUUUGAUCACUUGCGGGUUGUUGUGCGGUCGUUUCAUGACCGAUAGCCGACUUUACCUUGCUUAUCAGAUUAUUGCUGGUUUUGGUUCUGCUCCGGCCUACUCAACAAUCAUCAUGUCAUUGUUGGAUGUCUCUUUCUUGCACCAACGCGGCCGUGUCCUGGCACUUUUCGGGCUUGUUCUCGUCGCAGGAAACUUUCUUCCGCCCAUUGCUGCAGGGUAUAUCGUGGAUCAACAAGGAUGGGAGUGGUGUUUUAACUACCUGCUCAUUUUCUUUGUAAUAACAUCCACCACCCUUGCUUUCACGGGCGAAGAGUCCUUGUUCUCCAGGGAGACAUUCGAGGUCAGAGCUGAUUGCCAUGGCGACGUGAUACCGGCGCACAAAACCUGUGAGCAACUCUGUCCUGUGGGCUCUAAGUGCGAUGAAAAACAAGAUACUACUUUGGCUGUCUCUGUCAACCUCGAACGCACGUGCGCUCAUGUUGAGACGUUCGAUACCAACAGACUUCCCUACGGACAGAGAAUGACGCUAUACCGAAAGAACAAACUUACCAAAGCAGGUUAUUGGUUCUUGGCAUUCUCCAUUUUUCGUGUUUUCCUGCUACCGGCUGCCAUCUGGAUGAGUAUAAUGCUCAGUCUGGGUUCAUUUGUGGUGGGUGUGAUACUUACAACAUUGGCGUCUUUCUUUUCCCCGCCUCCCUACAAUUUCAGUGCGGCAACCAUGGGUCUGAUGUACCUUCCUCUCGUUAUUGGGGCCUUACUGGGAUCCGUGUGGGGUGGACCUUGCACUGACUGGCUGUUGUUGCGUCUUGCUCGGCGCAAUGAGGGUAUCUACGAGCCGGAACACCGCUUGUGGACUUAUUUGCCGAUUCCUGUCAUUGGGGCCGCGGGGAUUCUGCUUUAUGGAGUGGGCGCUGCUCAAGGUGUACACUGGGCUGUUCCUUGCUUGGGGCUUGUCUUCGUUGGUUUCUAUCUGGACGCAUCAACCCCAGUCGCUAUGGGGUUUGCCUUGGAUUGUUACCCAGAUCUAGAAGACCAAGUUGUCCAACUCUCCAACUUCUUGCGCAACGUGCUUGGUGGCGCGUUCACGUUUGGUCUCCAGCCGUGGAUCAAUUACAGUGGUGUUCAAACUACGAUCAUCAUUAUUGCAGCAGUCGUUUUCGCGCUGAAUGCCACGUGCGUGUGUUUUCUGCUCGGGGGCCGGCGUGUGCGAUUUUGGUCUGCCAAGAGGUAUUUGGCAGUACGGGAUCACGCUCUCUUCCAUGGCUAG